CUGCUUUGUUAGCCAGUUGGACAUCAAGCGAGACGGAGGAGCUGUAUCCAUGCACUAACCCAGAGGAAAAUGAUCAUCUGCACGAAAAAAAUGGACUACCCUCUCGGAACUCAAUGCCAGCGCGUCCAGAACCAGGUGAUGAAGGUGAACUCUGAGAAGGAGCGUGCCUCGUUGCUGUGCAUGAAGGCUCUGGCCAGCAGGGGGCGCCUGGACGCGGUGUCGCAGCAGAUGGCGUGGCACCCGCAGUACCUGGAGAGCUUCCUGCGCAGCCAACACUACAUCCUGCACAUGGACGGGCCGCUGCCUCUGCAGUACCGCCACUACAUCGCCAUCAUGGCAGCGGCGCGGCACCACUGCGGCUACCUGGUGUCCCUGCACGCGGCGCAGUUCCUGCGUGUGGGCGGCGACCCGCUGUGGCUGCAGGGCCUGGAGGCCGCCCCGCCCCGCCUGCGCCACCUCGACCACAUCAACAAGGUCCUCGCCCACCGGCCCUGGCUCACCGCCCGCUCCCACAUCCAGGCCCUGCUGAAGACGGGCGAGCAGUGCUGGUCGCUGGCGGAGCUGGUGCAGGCCGUGGUGCUGCUGGCCCACUGCCACGCCCUCUGCAGCUUCGUCUUCGGCUCUGGCUCGGACGUGGACCCCCCGCAGACACCCAGGGUCCCCCUCGGCACUCCCCCCGGGUACUGCUACUGCGACGCCGCCAACGGCAACGCAGCCGUGCCCCCGCCCCUCACCAACCCUUCCGACAGGACGCCCCGACGGCGGUCUCUGGACUCCAGCUGUGAAGUGGCGUGUCUCAGGGAGAGGAUUCAGAAAGCACAGGAGGAGAAGGAGAGGAGGGGAGAACGCCUGCUCUACACAGACGUAGAGGAGGAGGAAGAGAUAGUGUGCGCAGCAGACCCCUCUCGUUUUGACUCCGACCCCGAAUUCGGCUACCAGGAGUUCGCCCGCCGUGAGGAGGACUUCCAGGUCUUCAGAGUGCAGGACUACUCGUGGGAGGACCACGGCUUCUCACUGGUCAACCGGCUCUACUCGGACAUCGGGCACCUGCUGGACGAGCGCUUCCGCAGGGUGGCGGCCCUCCCCUCCAGCCGCGGGCCCGACCUCAAGCGGGCCAUCUGGAACUACAUCCACUGCAUGUUCGGCAUACGGUACGACGACUAUGACUACGGUGAGGUGAACCAGCUGCUGGAGCGUGGGCUAAAGCUUUACAUCAAGAGCGUCACCUGCUUCCCCGACGCCACCAAGGGCCCGCUGUGCCCCCUGCCCUGGGCACCGCUCAAACCCGCCGAGAAGGUCCAUGUUAACCUCCUCAUCAUGGAGGCCAGACUGCAGGCCGAACUGCUAUAUGCACUGAGAGCUAUCACCCAGUAUAUGAUAGCCUAGGUGGCUCGGGGGAUGAGGAAGCAAGGGAGGGAGAGGAGGAGUGAAGAGAUCAGAGAGACGGAGAGGCAGAGCCCCCAACGGCGCAGAGAGCCCGCUGAGGGAGAGGAAGGAGGGCAAAAAAAAAAAAAAAGUACUUUGAAAGGCGGAGCGCGCGGGAGGGGGGGAGAGAGAGAAAAAGAGAGACAGACGCCGAGGAUGACAUCAGCGGCAUCUGAGAGCGAGAGGAGGGAGAGGAGGAGAAGCGGCGAGCGGCACGUCGCCGUCACGGCCGCUCCGUCACCGAUUACACUCUCUCACUCCCUCUCUCUCUCUCUCUCUCUCCCCGAUUCGACGGCGUGACAGAGGCAGGCGCGCUCCGGCCAAAGCCGUUUGCCAAAACGCUCGAGUGUGACACAGUCUGCUCUGUGUCUCCGUGUCCCUCUCCACCCUCACGCCUCCCUCCCCCACGCCGCUCUCUCCGCCAUCUUUAUUUCCCAGCCCUUUCUGUUUCGCAGCAGCUCCGAUGCUGACGGUUAAUGUGCAAUUAUUAAUAUCAUUAUUGUUAUUGUUAUUAUUAUUGUUAUUAUUGCAAUUCUUUAGACUGUGACGGAGGCAAAGGUUGGAACAGAGAGAGAACCGCUCACCUGACAGAACGUUCCCUCUCGUGGUUGUUUUUUGUUUUUUUUUUUCUUUAGGUUUUUUGUAUUUUUUUUUAUUUUGGUUUCAUAUCAUUGUUCCUUUAUUGUGUGAAAGGGGGCAGAGUAUUUGGGAGGUUCAAGUCAUUCAUAUUUUUGUUGUUAAUUUUUUUUAUCUUGUCGUCGACCUCCCGGGUGUCUCGUUUGAGUCAAGCCGCGGUGUUUGUGGGGUGAAAGGUUGCAAAGCGGCGAUGCGCUCGGCGCAGCUUCCGAAAUGUUCCUUUCCGUUUCCGAAAUGUGAACAUAAAACGCCAGAACAAUGCCAGAACAAAAGUGUCUUUAACCGCACCUUAAAAAAAAAACAAACAAAAGAAAAAAAAACGUAUUUAUAGAGUAAAGACAAGGGUGUAAGGAUGGGUAAAGAUCUCGUCUGAUCUGACGUUUCGCCGUCCCUCUGGGCCCCUCAGAGCCUCGGAUACCCAGAGCAACCUAAAAAUGGGUUUGAUUCCAAAUCCCUCCCGGUAACACUGAUCCAGGAACAGGGUUAGGGAUAUGCAGAGGAGAAAAUGAUCGGUCUACUUGCAGAGUACUGAUUGGAGAUCAGUAUAGGGAGAAGGAGGUGGGGAGAGGAAGGAGCAAUAUGCAGUCUUCCCUGUUGUGAGGAAGGUACAGGUUGAUUCUGAAGGUGCAUUCAACCCUGAUUGGGUCCAGGCUCAAAAUGAAGGCAAUUGUAUUGCAACAUACAUGCCCUCCAGCCAAACUGGAUCACUGUUUUUACAGUUUUACUGUGUACAGCAUAAAGGAUUGCCCUGUUCAGUUCUGUAGAGGAAGGGAUCGCUUUAGUUACACGCCAGGCUUGCUGGUGUUAUUUUAAUGAGCUCUGACUCGGAUCAAAUGAAGGAAUUUCCAAACCAGGCAGACCUCAUCUGAGAUGGUUCUAAAAGACAGCUGCAGGGUCAUAGUUCUCAUAUCAAGCUCCGCAAAUGGAGGGUCAUACGGUCUCCACUAACUUUGCAUCGUGCACAGGGUUUGACACAAACUGGACUGGGGGAAAAAGUCCUACCUUGGAAAAGUGCUACCAUAACCGAGACUUACUGCAAAUGCCUGCAGUACAAAAUCAUUGGUUUAUCAAAUAGGCACUGAUGGUCUGGCGUGAUCUGGGGUCUGUAUCUGUUUUGAGAUCAGAACCAGGUGUCUGGACGGUUUGUAUUUAAUCAAACAAAAUAAGAGCGGUCAACACGCUUUAUUCGUAUGUGUAUACUGAAAGCCCAGGUAGCCUGAAAAAAAUGAGCCAACCAACAUUUUUUUCAGUUGAGGUACAAUUGUUAUUGCUGAACAACACUGGUACCGCCAACUAGUAACAUUUCAUUUCUCUUUAUUUUUUCUUUCUUUUUUUUUUACUUUUUUACUUUACAUUUUUAUGAUUGUUUUCUCAUUGUUUCUUUUCUUCUUUUGGGUUUGCUGCUAAAUUUCCACCCACGGUGCUGCGCCCUGAGUGUAUCAGAGGCAGUGAGGUUGGAAGAGCCCCCUAGCGGGUUAUCAUUGUUGAAAAAUGGCUAACUGUGCAUAUCAGAAGCAAUGUAUGUAUCUGUGUGAGGAACAGAAUGAUUGAUGAAUCCCCCGAGGUUCGAGUUUUGUCUGAAUUGCACCGCCAUAAGCGCUUAGAACGGGUGCCUUUGAGUCGGGGAGGUGUAGACCAUGCCGAUUUAGACUGGUCUUUUGAGGGACUGGAUUUAACUCUACAAACUGUAGACUGGGCUGGACUCAACUGUAUGGUGCCGGGGCCAUGUUACAUCUGAAACUGCAAGCUCCGCCAACGGACUCUUACCAUUGUGAGCUCCUCUGCAUGUCCGAACCUGAGCACCUGCUUGCCCCUCUGUCCUGCUUUGAGGACAGGGACAGCCGGUUCCCCCCAGCCUGAACGGGGUGAGCAAGUUACCCUGGAAGGCAGUGAGCUUUGGGGGGUGGGGAACAUGCGUAAAGGCACUGGCUGAUCAUCGGCACCUCUUUGUGACAUCACUACAACGUCGCCCAAUUGGGAAUGUCUUCCCUGACGGGCGGAAGAUCACAGAAGAAACCCGCCCAAAGACGAGGUCUCCAGCCCCAGGUUCUGAAGGACAGUCCUACCAACACAGACUAACGGGACAUGGCGAUAGCCCAGGUGUUCGAUAUUUACCACGUAAAUGUAUGGACAAAUAAAAAUAAAAAAAAAAUGUUGAAAACAUGUGA